AUGCUAAACAACAAUGGUUUUAACGGAGGGGUGAAUCAGAUGAAUGAAUACCAAGGGGGGAUGAACUUCCAGGGAAAUGGCCCCUUUCCGGGGGGUGGCCAAUUUCAAUCCACCAGCAACAGUGAGCAACGGCAGCAAAACUACGGGCAGCUCCAAAACUGUAACAACGACUUUUAUGGCGUGCAAAAAGUAAAUGCGGUUAGCAACCACCAAGGCUUCGCCGACAGGAACGUAAUGUAUGGAAAUGGCUCAUUCGGAAGGCCUCCCCCCCCCCCGCCGGUGGGGGAGAUUCCCAAUUAUUACAACGCCAAUGGUGCAAUGAGUGGAAAUCCCAUGGGUGGCAUCCCCAUGCCCCCUGCCGACGGGGGAUUCAACAUGUACCAGAACAAAAACAACAGUCAGCCCUUUUUUGGAAAGGAGCAAAAUGGACCCAACUACAACGACCAAGCUUUAUUCUCCCAAGUUAAGCAAAACGUAUCAAUAUUUGGAAACAAAACGAAAAACAAUGCCCCCCUUUUUGGCAACAAUGUGAGGAAUACAACGAAGUUGGAUGUGCCCAGUGUUAGUCUGUAUGACUUCGUAAGUCAUGACAAAUCCAUUUUUGGAAAUAGGUUAAAGGAAGGGAAGCCCCUCUUUUCAAAUGCAAGGAAUAUGAACCAAUCGAUGGGAACAACUCCAUGUGAGCAGCAAAGUAAUAGCUACUUACCCAGUAACAACAAUGUGCAUAAUGUAUCUGCAUAUGGGGGGGAUAAAAACUACAUGAAUUAUAAUUACGACGCGAAGGGACAGGCCACCUUUGGUAUGAACCCCUCGAACUAUAUGGUAUCCCCCAGUAUGGGCCAGCCGGGGAACCAGCUCAUGGGAAAUACAUACAACCAAAACAACCUCGGUGCCAACAUGGAGUCAGUGCCCCCCACGCAGAAUACCUAUGGGGUCGUAGGGUCAAAUACCUUCGGUGCAACCAAUUUUAGUUACCCCCAAAGUUGUAACGCCCUGCAACAAAAUAUGCAGAAUGAGCAGUACCCCAUGUACGGUGCAGGUGGAGCAUCUACGAUGAACACAUAUGCUAGUUCAGCCUACGGGAACCAAAUAGUAGUUGGGAACAACAUGUCGUCACAUCCAAACCUUCUAUCGAGUGGUGGGUUCCACCCCUCUGUUGGGAACAACAACAUGUGUGGCCCUCCUGUGGGGGGAACCACACAAAUGGAAAUGCAAAUGCAAAUGCAAAGCGUAAAUUUUCCAAAUAAUGGUCCCAAUUAUAACGCCAACUCAAGUGUAGCAAUGCAGAAUACUUCGACACAAAAUCCUGGCAAAGAACAAAACUGCGUAAGUGAACUCCAAGGGGAGGAAGUCUUAUUCACAAACGAAAAUGAAGUUUUGUUUGAAAAAAAUUACAUAAAACAGUACGGUAUGGAGGGAGAUAGCCAAAUGGGCAAAAUAAAAAAAAUUCUUUUUUUUAAUAAAAAUUUUAUAAAGUCCUUGGAACAAAUAGCUAGCCAUAAUUUAAACAGUUACAACGAGAAUAGGUCCACCAUUUAUACCUUCCCCUGUUCUAUGUCAUCAAAUAAUGUCACCUUCUACAUGCAAGCUGUUGAGGACUGCAAGAAGGAAAGCCGCUUUGAUGUGGACGAAGAUUUGUACAAUAAAAUAUUCUCCAAGCAAAAUAUGCAGCAAGCCUUCUCCGUUUUGAAAAAUAUAAAUAUGAACAAAAAAAUGGACCAACAGGAUAUCGACUUGGAUAUUUACUACCCCCUUCUUCAUGUGGAAAAGAUAAAGUUUAGGGAGUCCAUCACGGCAGAGCAUUCGCGUGCACUUCCCGGUGCUCCCUUCCAGUUGGGCCAAAUUCCAACCGUCAUUUGA